AUGUUUAUUAAUCAAGAAGAAACAAAAAUCGAGUAUCCAAUUCCAAAAGAUAAGGUUGGAUUUCUUAUAGGAACCAAAGGUUCUAAUAUCAAACGGUUAAGUAAUGAUUCUAAAGCCAAAAUUAGAGUUGAGACCAUUGGAACUAAAGCUCGAAUUAUUAUAAAAGGAACUCAAGAACAAUGCAAUAACGCAAGAGAGUUGAUUCGCCAAACAAUGGAAAAAUCUUUAUUACCACCACACUUGGGUUUCACCAUUUUAGAAAUAGGCGAUAUAACCAAUCUAUCUGAUGCGAAAUUUGAGUUCGUCGAAUUUAAAGGACAUGACUGUAAUGUCCAUUCUCUUGACAAAACAAAGUAUUACGUGAACAAAAUAGAACCUGUUGACAAAAAAGAAGAAAAAUCAAAUGUUGAUGAUGUUGAUGAUUUGAUUGAUCUAUUUGACAAAAAACUAAAAGUUGUAAAACCACGUGACAAUAAAUGUGGAUUUAUGACUUCUGAUAAGCUCGAUGAUUGUUUAAACGAAAUUUCCGAAAAACUUACAAAAAUUGAUCCAAUAAAUCCUGUAGGCAAAGAGAUCAGAUUAACCAUUUUUUUUGGCAAAGAAUUAUUUGUAAAUGUUGGUAAAAAAAUUUUUGAUAUGAAUGAUUGGAGUAAUUAUGAGAGAGGAAGAAAUGGCAUCGGAACAUCAUUCCAACAUCAUUCACCAAACGUUCAAAAAAAUUUAAAAUUAUUACAAGAUAGUUUUGGUUUUAAAAGAUCUUCAAGAGAUAAAAAUAAUCAAGACGAUGAUAAACAUAAUUUAUGGAAAAUAACAAGUGCUGCUAAAGAUAUCAAUCGUUUUGCAAUUCUGGAUAUUAUUUCAGGAUCUUCUAUACCUGAUUUAAGAUUUUUAUUAAAAACUCAAUAUGAGCUUCUUAUUCACGAGAAUGUUUCAAAAAUAAUAAAUGACCUUCAAUCUAAACCAUUAGUAAAAAAAGAUGGAAUGUGGUUUAGACAAUCUGAUUUUGCCGGCAAAGAAAUAAAUUGCACUGGUAUUCGACAAACAUUACACAAGAAACGUUAUGUAAAUAACAAGUAUCAAAUAACUUUUCUAUCAACAAUACAAGACACUGAUCAUAAGAUAUUCACAGAAGAAUCAAUCAAUCUUAAAAAUAUUACAUGGAGAUCCGUUGAAAAUAUUGAUAAAAAACCAAGCAAACAUUUCGAUGAAGAUAAUCUUGGUAAAACAAUACGUGAAACAAUUAAAUUUGCCAGAGAAGUUGCCAAAGGUGUAUUAGAAGAAUUAUGUAAAGCAUGUGAACAAUUAAAUUAUAAAACUCCAACGGCAAUUCAAACAGAAGCAAUUCCUUGGGCCUUACAAGGUAGAGAUAUAAUAGGAUUGGCACAAACCGGGUCUGGGAAAACGGCUGCCUUUGCUUUACCUAUUUUACAAGCAUUAUGGGAGGCACCACAAGGGCUUUUUGCUUGUGUAUUAGCACCUACAAGAGAAUUGGCGUAUCAAAUAUCAGAAACAUUUGAAUCUUUAGGAUCUGUAAUUGGUGUUCGUUGUGUUGUUAUAAUAGGUGGUAUGGAUAUGAUGACACAGGCUAUUGCUCUAUCUAAAAAACCUCAUAUUAUAAUAGCUACCCCAGGAAGAUUACAAGAUCAUUUAGAAAAUACUAAAGGUUUUAGUUUAAGGAAUUUAAAGUACUUGGUAAUGGAUGAGGCAGAUAAAUUAUUAGAUAUGGAUUUUGGACCAAUUAUUGAUAAACUUUUAAAAGUGAUACCUAAGGAACGUAACACCUACCUAUUCUCUGCUACAAUGACAACAAAGGUGGCCAAAUUACAACGUGCUUCUUUGAAUAAUCCUGUCAAGAUUGAAGUUUCUUCCAAAACUUGCAAUGAUACUCAACGCCUUGCUUUAUUAUUAAGAAAUCUUGGAUUCCCUGCAAUACCGCUACACGGACAAUUAUCACAAGCCAAUCGACUAGGUUCAUUAAAUAAAUUUAAAGCUGGAAAUAGAAAUAUUCUGGUAGCUACCGAUGUUGCGAGCAGAGGGCUGGAUAUUCCACUCGUAGAUGUAGUAAUAAAUUUUGAUAUUCCAGCGAAUAGUAAAGAUUACAUUCAUCGAGUAGGACGUACGGCUCGUGCAGGAAGAUCGGGUAAAUCAAUUACAUUUGUAACACAAUACGACGUUGAAUUAUUUCAACGUAUUGAAAAUGUUAUUGGGAAGAAAAUGGAACUUUUCCCAAUUGGGAAUAAAGAUGAUAUUCUAUUGCUUGAAGAACGCGUGUCCGAAGCACAAAGAAUCGCUACAUUGGGGUUGAAAGAACAACAACAAAAACAAAGGAAAGGAAGUAGACGUAUUAGAAUAAAAAUGCUUGGGCUUGAGCUUAAUUUUGAAUUACAAAAUAGUAAACAACUUAGUGCUAGACUAGCUAAAGUAACUUCUUCAAAUGAACUUGACUCAAAGUAUGCUGAACAAUAA